CAUGGGGAUGGAGGACUCCUGCCCGGAGCCCAGCCAGUGGGGCACCCAAGCUCUCCUGGGGCCCUGCUGCUCCCCUGCUCUUGAGCCCAGUGUUGCCACCUAUGCACGGGUCCCCCUUGUGGUGCUCACACCACUCUGAGCCGCUCUAGAGGAGACCCCUGCGUGCCCAGGGCACAGUACGCGAUGCAGCCCCAUGGCACAAGGCCCAGCGUGCGUGGCCAGCCGCUGGCGGCUGUGCUGCUCGGAGGGCAGAGUUCCAUUUGCAUUCCACUCACUGCCGGGAGCUGGCCCUCCUCUCCUGCUGCCUUUAUUUGCUGCGUGGAGGCUCUUUGUGGGCUUUUUGGGUCUGAGUCACUGAACACUGGCUGGACAUUCGCUGCCUGGGAGAUCUCUUUGCCAGCACUGUGGUGCCCGGUGGGAAGAGGUUGCUGGAAUCUGUUUCCAGCUCAGGUCCUUCAACCUCAUGGAUGCAGAGUACAACUCCUAAAGGACCCGCAAGUGCUAUUUGCUGGCUACAAAGUCCCCCACCCCUUGGAGCACAAGAUCAUCAUCCGAGUGCAGACCACGCCGGACUACAGCCCCCAGGAAGCCUUUACCAACGCCAUCACCGACCUCAUCAGUGAGCUGUCCCUGCUGGAGGAGUGCUUCCAGGUGGCCAUAAAAGACAAGCAGGAAGGAGUUGAGUAGGGGCCAGAGGGGGCUCUGCUCGGCCUGUGAGCCCCGUUCCUACCUGUGCCUGACCCUCCGCUCCAGCUACCACGCCGAGGAGAGUGGCCAGUCCCAGCCAUGGCCCGCCUUGUGGCCACCCCUCACCCUGACACCGACGUGUCCUGUACAUAGAUUAGGUUUUAUAUUCCUAAUAAAGUAAAGUAUGUCCUAAUAAAGUAUGGCGGAAGAGACCUGGAUGUGGACUUGAGCAGCGGUGACUUCACAAGCAAAUGGAUUGUCAGGCUUGAUGCAGGCAGCUGACCUGUUUCAGGGGCAUCCGGCUGGCAGGGAUGAAUUCAUUCUGGACCAAAGAUCCGGAGUCCAGGGGCUGCUGCGGGGGCUGUGCUGAGCCGGAGAGAAGUGUGCAAACCCAUGAGCUCCCAAGAGUCUCUGCUCUAGAAGCCUCAAC